CUCCACGAAAGAACACCAACAUGAGUGAAGUGGUUUUUUCAUUGCAGGCUCACCGCGGAGGAUCGCAGAGCUGCUUGCACAUGAGCAGUCAUGGGUAGGCGUGAUAGAACACGUCGCGUCCAAUCAAGAUGGACCUGCAGUGGGCUUUCCUCGGAGCCCCCUCGUCGUCCUUGCCACGUCGCUCAAGCGUAGUUUCAUCUACAACAGGAAAGCUUACUGCACUGUACUGCGAGCUCUUGCUUCUCGCCGCCUUCCUCGAUGGCGCUGUGCCGCUUGCCCGCGCCGCGAGAGGUCCUCCGCGAAGCGCGCGGACCAGCCGGCAGGACCGGCACGUGAUGAGCAUCCUCGGAGCGGAAUCCGCGAUUCGUUUUCACAAGUGGCACGAUUGGGAACCGGAGAGACACGCCGACGUUUUGACGGAUGCUGUGGCCGAAACGACGAUCGCGGCAGAACACCCCGCACCUAGAGGUACCAUGGAUUCUCAGUACCAAGAAGAUCCGCGCUUCGCUAUGUCCUUCCGAACGCUGAAGGAGCCCGGGGGGUCGCAUCUGCCCGCCCUCCACGCCGCGCUUCGGUACUUGAAACGGAAAAGGAGAAAAAGGGAACAAACGAUGCAGAUCCUGGAGCUCGGCGUAGGCGGCUUCUCCACCAAGUACCUGCAGUCGCUCCGGUUUGCAGCCAGAGUGGUGUCGCUCGAGGGGAACGCUACCUGGGCACGGAUGCUCCAGCCAUUACCUCCUAAGGGAGAGCACAAUUUCACAACUUCGGCAACGGCGAAAAGUCAUAAUGCUGACAGCAGAAACACAAGCACAGUUACAGCCGCUGUAACGACCUCUGGUGAUACAACAUCAACCAUCAACCAGCACGAAGUUCGGUGGAUCGGCAGCGGGCCGGACAACUCCACGUGGCGGCCGUCACUGGAAGAGUGGAUCGACGCGGCGGUGAAUGCGGAUCAGCAUAAAGUGGCGUUGAAUGAUAGUUCUUCUGGUAGUUCUGUCUCUGCAGUAGAGGCAGGUAGUGGCGCACCUGCGAGCUACGAACCGAGCUGGGACCUGUGCUUCGUGGACCAGUACAAUUACACGGCGAGGCUUCAGUAUCCACCAAGAAAAAGAAAGCUGGGUUCUCUCAUUGCUGCAUGGGCUUGCAUAGCAGAUGGUCUGGCACAGGAAGGAACUUCUCAGGAAUUAUGUGAGGAGAGAGGCUAAGCGUAGGCGUGCAGAUUUUGUUGUUGGCAUAUGAAGACACACCAAAUGUACGAUGCAAAAAAUUCUGCAGAAUUCUCACAUAGGAAACAGUAUUCUCGCUCCCAUAUCCGAUCCGCUAUCGCUCUUCUGCGGCACGACAAAUGCAAGCUGCUCGUGAUGCACGACACGGACGAAGGGCACGUGUACCCGUGGGAAGACUCCAUGCGGCCUUUGUGCAAACAAUACGUCGAGAUGUCGCCGCCGAUGGACUACCGCCCGAUCUACUGGCGGAACGGACCAAGGACGCUGUUGUGCGUGCCGUUCGGGACGGUUUCGUCCGAUCUUGCAGAGAGAGGCGAGGACGGGAGUUUGUUCUCUGGGAAAGUCAAAGGCGAUACCGAACCUCCGGCGUUAUGUUCGGUCAGCGACGCGAUUUUCCAGAAUAAUCGCACCAAUCUGCACGUGCACGUGCGGCUGCCACGACACGCGCCAAACACGUUUGCGUUGCUGCAUGGGUUUGCGUCCUUUGCCGCUGCAAGAGGGAAUUCGAGUGUGUCGUAUAGGCUCGCAGUCAGGUACGGGCUCCGAACGGUGUGUCAAUAGGAUAGCGUAAUGAGGAAAGGUAAUUUCUCACUCAGAGUGCAAAACGUCAACAGGUAGAAAAAGUAGAUACAGUCAGAAU